AUGUUGAAAUCUACACAUCACCGCAAUAUCCCGUCCGCGGUGGAAUCGCCUCUUCCGCGAGGUUGGAGCGAACACAAAGCCCCAAGCGGCCACACGUACUACUACAAUGCUGAGACGAAACAAUCCACCUACACUCGUCCCACUGCUCCCUCCGAUGAGCCUUUGCAGAUUGACUAUGGCGCGACGGAACCCGAUCAUGUGCUUCGCGCAUCCAUGCAGGCCAUGGAAUCAUUCCACCAGAACAACGGCGCAACACCAGAGCCAGGUCGGUUUACUGGCGGGAAAAGCUACCAGGACCAUUCUCGCCGCCGAGGAAACCAGGGCGACCGUCCGAAGUCGAAGGCAACAAUCCCCAAUUGCACGCCGUGGGUGCUCGUCAUGACGAAGCUGGGAAGGAGGUUUGUGCACAAUACCGAGACGAAACAAAGUCUGUGGAAAUUUCCCCAGGACGUCAUGAUGGCGGUGAUCGAGAUGGACAGACUGGAGUGGGAGGCGAAGAAAUUUGCCGAAAGCCAGCCUCGCGAAAGUGAAAUCCCACAGGACGAAGCUAAAGUGCAGCCACAAGGCCGUGACAGCGCAGCUGCUUCCGCAACACCCGCAAGUCCUGCCGCACGGGAGCCCCCUGCUCCCGUCAGUAGGCAAGAAGACUAUGACAGUGACUCGUAUGAGGAGGUGGAGGUCACCGACGACGAGGCGCCAGAGGAUGAAGAGGGCCCCGGACUGCCGAAGCGGCCUCGCCUCUCUCAGGACGAGGGAACGCCUGCUCCACCAGCAGCCGGACCCGUCGAAUUCGACGAAGACGAUAUAGCUUGGCAGCUGGCCCAGAUGGAGGAAGACUACGGUGACGGUGCGCAAGAUUUAAACGACAAAGAAGAGGACGAGGAUGACGGCCUCCCGCUCACAGCGAGUGACAACAUUGCGCUUUUCCGCUCUCUGCUCGAUGAUUGCGGCAUCUCACCUUACUCGACGUUCGAGAAGCUGAUUGAGGACCUUUCCAUUGUCGAGGACACUCGCUGGGUAGCGCUACCGAACACCACGAGCCGCAAAGAAGCGUUUGUCGCAUGGUCGAAAGACCGUAUCGUGGAGUUGCAGGCGCGCAAGGAGUCCGAGAAAAAGACUCGCGACCCGAAAGUCGAAUACCUGCAUUUUCUGCAGCGCCAUGCCACGCCGAAGCUCUACUGGCCGGAGUUCAAGCGCAAAUUCAAAAAAGAACCGGAGUUGCGCGACGUGGCCAUGCAGGAGAAAGACAGAGAGAAGCUGUAUCGCGAGUUUGUCGCGAAACUGAAGACAGGCGAGGCAGAGAGACGUAAGGACCUGGUUGCGUUACUAAAAGGGGCGGACAAGGCAACGUUGCAGAGAGAUAUGGACUUGCGACACUUGCCGGACAAUGUAUUGCGGGAUCUGAGAUUUUAUACACUCGACGAAAGGAGGCGAGAUGAGCUGGUUAGGACGUUUCUAGAGACGCAGUGA